AUGCGCACCCGUGGGAAGGGUAGCAUGAGAAUAAAGAAGAAGGCAAUUCACAAGACCACGACUACAGAUGAUAAAAGACUUCAAAAUACCUUGAAGAGGAGAGAAGUGAAUGCCAUACCAGCAAUUGAAGAGGUCAAUAUUUUCGAGGAAGAUGUAGUGAUCCAAUUCAUCAACCCCAAAGUUCAUGCCUCCAUUCCUGUAAACACAUGGGUUGUUGGUGGAUCUCCACAGACUAAAGAAAUGCAGGACUUACCUCUUUUGAGACAAUUAUGA